AUGUCAACCACAAGUUCUGUACUUCUCUUCAUCACUUCCGUUUGCGGUGUCACAAUUCUCUCCAGUCUUUUCAUAGCUGGAUCUUUGUACUUUGAUGCUCAAGAGUUCCUGGAAACUUCUCUAGAUGAAAUUGAAUCUUUCAAGCACUACUCUGAUGUCGCAUGGAAAGAUAUGGUCUCCUCGAACACAUUCGACAGAAAGAAGAGAGAAGACGAUAAACCAUGUGGAUGCGCCUGUGCCAACGGACCAAAUAAUUGCCCACCAGGAGAGGCUGGACCACCCGGAGCACCAGGACUUCCAGGAGCCGAUGGAGAAGCUGGAAACCCAGGAAAAGACGGAAACGCCGGAUCUUCUUUGAUCUUCGAAGACGAGAAACUUCCAUGCAUCAAGUGCCCAGCCGGAGAGCCAGGACCAGCUGGACCAGAUGGAGCUCCAGGUGCUCCAGGACCAGAUGGACAACCAGGAGCUCCAGGAGCCGCUGGAAAUCCAGGAGCGGCUGGAGAAACCGGACCAGAAGGUGAACCAGGAGAUGCUGGAGCAGCAGGAGAGGCCGGACCUCCAGGAGCACCAGGAAAGAAUGGACAACGUGGAUCAGGAGCACCUGGACCAGCUGGACCAGAAGGACCUGUUGGAGAACCAGGAAAAGAUGGACAGCCAGGAGCAAACGGAGAAGUUGGAGCAGAUGGAAGUGAAGGAAUUCAAGGAGCUCCAGGAAAGGAUGGAGAAAAAGGAAGUGAUGGAGUGGCUGGAGGAGAUGGAACACCAGGAGCCCCUGGACCAGAUGCCGCUUAUUGUUCGUGUCCAGAGAGAACUAAGCUUGUGUUCGCCAGUGAAUCUCCAUAG